AUGCCUCGAAGAGCCUCCCUCGUCUUCUCCGCGUUAUUCGCGGCCACCUUUUUUUCCCUUGCCGCCCAUGUCCGAUGGCGGUCCCUGCCCGCCCAGGAGCUCCCCAAUUGGCGCUCCGCUCAUCUCGCUAGCGACUUGGCAGGCACCACCACCACCACCAUCACCAGCAACAUCAGCGUUCAUCUCGUGCUCGCAACCCUCAAAGCCGAUGACAUCUCGUGGACAUCCCGCCUCACCAUUCCCAACCUUCGCGUCAUACGUUACGUUAGCGAUGAUCCCUCCGCGCCGCACCGCCCUCCCGUCCCGCGCAAAGGCCGCGAGGCCCUCAUCUACCAUACUUACUUCCACGACUACUAUGACGACCUCCCGGACCUCUCCAUCAUGAUCCACGCCGAGGAGAAACCCUGGCACGUCGAAGGCGUGCUGCAGCAGUCAAUGCCUUUUGCGCUUGAUCGCCUGGACCUCGACCGCGCCCGCGCCCGCGGCUAUGCCAACCUGCGCGUCAGCUGGCAGAAUGCGUGCCCGGCCUGGCUCGACACCACCAAGACGCCCGAGACGGCUGACAAGCGGGAGGAGCCGUACAUGCGCGAGGCUUUUUACGCCAACUUUGGCCCGGCAGUGCAAGUCCCACGCAUCCUCGCCGGGCCGUGCUGUUCCCAUUUUGCCGUGUCGCGCGAGGCCGUACGGCGCAACCCGCGCAGUCAGUACGCGCGCUGCCGCGACUGGCUUGUCGACACCGAGUUGUCGGAUUACAUUGCCGGCCGCACGUGGGAGCACAUGUUCCCCUGGCUGUUUCGCGGCGCGGCCACGGACUGUCCCGGCGAGACGGAGACGUACUGCGCCAUGUACGGCAUCUGCUUUGACGAGAGCGACGGGGGCCCCGCGAGAUAUAACCGGCUCUGGCAGGAGAAGCGGGAUCUGAUGGAGGCGACCGAGGUCUUGAGGGAGAUCCUGGACCCCCAGGAGGGUGUCAAGGCGAGGGAGCGCAUCGCCGAGAUUGAUGCGCUGCUGAGAGAGGAAAUUAUAGUCGCAUUAGAGAGGGGCCAGGAUGCCACGCAAAGGUCAUUGGCCUAUGAAAACCUCUUCGAUACGUGA